UUAUCAUUAAAAAUGGCUCAACAUUCUUUGCCAGCGAUGGAUGGCUACAAAAUUUAAAAAAAAUGNAAAAAAACGGCAUGGCAUACGAUUGAUUUCAAUCUCAGGGGAAAAACUAUCCUCGCGACCAGAGUUAGUGGAGCCUUUCAAAACUCAGUUACAAGCUAAAAUUCAGGAGCUUGAACUAUGCCCAGAACAAAUUUACAACGCAGAUGAAUCCGGGUUAUAUUGGAAGCUCCUUCCGGGAAAAUCAUACGUUUCUAGAAUGGAAAAGCAGGCACCGGGAAACAAAUCUGAAAAAGAGCGCAUCACAUUUCUGGCGUGUGCGAAUGCUACUGGGAAACACAAGGUUAAAAUACUUGUCAUUGGAAAAGCCAAAAAUCCGCGUGCAUUUAGGCAUUUUAACUGCCCAGUGGAGUACCGAAGCUCAAAAUCAGCCUGGAUGACAUCAACUCUGUUCCAAAAUUGGUUUCACUUUUCGUUUGUACCACAGGUCAAAACUUAUUUAAAAAAUAUAGGACUACCUGAAAAGGCGUUACUUUUGCUUGACAAUGCACCUUCGCAUCCAAACGAGGACACGUUAAGAUCCGAAGAUGGUUUAAUUCGGGUGAUGUUUAUGCCGCCGAAUGUAACUCCUUUGAUUCAACCAAUGGAUCAAAACAUAUUGCGUUUAAUGUUAAUAACAAAGCUACAUUACCGAAAUUCUCUCUUUGCAGNAUAUUGCCUAACUAUUUUCUCCGAUGAUUGCGACUUGAUCCAAUCAUUAAAAAAAAUUAGCUUGAGAGAUGUUACAUUUUUGGAUAGAGCUUGGAAUAAAUUGAGUCAGGAGACGUUGGCGAAAUGCUGGACAAAUAUUUUAAACUUUGCAAGCCUGAAAGACGAUGACGACGAUGACAUUCCACUUAGUGUCUUGAAAAACCAAAUGGAAGCUGAAGCUAAAAGUAUGGAAAAAGAAGCUGCCGAAAUUCUCGAACACUUAAAUCCUGAGGCUACUUUCACAGAAGAAGAAAUAAGAGACUGGAAAACGACGACUUGAUUGAAGAGGAUCAUAUUGAAGCUAUAGAAGAAAGCGAUUCCGAAGAUGAAGUUGAAGCUACAGGUGGAAAUGAACAAGAACGCAUAAGUUCAUCCGAAGCCGUAACAAUUUUCAACAAAGCUAUAGCAUGGGCAACUGCUGAAAAAAUUAGCACGAGAAAAGUUAAUGUGCUACAAUCACUGCGCGAAAAGACUGUAUUGAAUGCGGUAGAAAACAAGAAACAUCAAACCAAGAUCACUGCUUUUUUUUCUAAUAAUUUGUAAGCAACAUUCAUAUUUGCUAACAUUUUUUAUUAAAUAAACUGGCAAUGAACUACAAAACAUGAAACCAGAGAAUCUCUUUGAUUAACUAUGCCAUAAAAAUGGACAGGGUAUGAAAACUGUUAAAACGAAUACAUACAAAUAUAUUAAAAAUACAUAACGUUCGAAAACUCGAACAUUUCGAUAACUCGGACAGGGCUGGUUUUCAUUAGUUCGAGUUUUCUCGAGUGCACUGUAAAUUAAAGAAAAAAAAUGAGGUGUGCAGUGGUUAAUUGUGCUAGUGUUAGUGCCAAACGAUCUGGGUGCAGUUUUUUUACUUUUCCGGCCGACAUUGAGUUGGUGGAAAAGUGGAUCCAGUUCUGCCGGAGACCAACGGAUUUCAACGCCCGAACCAGCGUCAUCUGUGUAAAACACUUCACCACUGAUGACUUCGAGAACGAGCUACCUACGAGAACCUAUAAAUUGAAUCCGACAUCAGAUCACAUGCAAUAAACGACAACAUUUCAUUAUGAUGUAUUUUUUAUUUAUUUGUUAUUUGAAAAUAUAACACGUUCCCCUGAUAAAGCUUUUUAUUUAUACAUACUGACCUUCUGCUUCCUACCGGAAAUGUUAAGCCGUAUGCAUAAAAACUAAGCAAUUGCUUUUUUCUUGAAAUUGCAUACCUUUCACUUAAAUUUGU